AUGCUUGUCAGUAUUCUCGGGACAAAGAAAUUUGAUGAUUCAAGAAGUUGGCGAAUCACUAUUGGGUUUCAGCUAUUUCUCGCGCUUAUCAUCUUCUUCGGCGCAAUUGUUGCACCCGAAUCACCUGUUAUACUGCUGCAAAAGUCGAAACCCCAAGAAGCUCGAUAUGCCAUUGCAAAUCUUCGAAAUAUUAAUAUAGACUCACUCGAGCUUUUGGAGGCAUUCGAUGAGAUGUCAAAUUGGGUCAGAGAACAAGAAAUGCAAGGAAAUGUUCGAAUCAUCGAAUGUUUCCAAGGCCCCAACUUACGUCGUCAAUUGCUUGGCAUAGCCAUGUCUUUCUUGACCAUUGCUACCGGGGUCACCUUUUGGUUUGGGUAUGGGACAACCUUCUUUGAAGCUGCCGGGGUCAAUAAUGCCUAUAUGGUUUCUGUCAUUCUUGCGCUCAUCAACGCCAUCUUUACUGUGCCAUCGGCAUACUUAGUCGAUAGAGUUGGCAGACGUCGCUGUUUACUUUGGGGAGGUACAGUGAUGGCAAUCACCCAAAUUAUUCCGGCCGUCAUUCAUACAGUCGCUCCAAACAGUAAAUCCGACCACAGUGCCUUGAUUUCUGGCGCAGUGAUCUUUAUUGCAGCCUAUGCUCCUACAUGGGGCUCAGUUGGUUGGGUAACCAUGACAGAGCCUUAUUCCGCUCGACUGAGGCUGUAUCAAUCAACACUCACCAUGAUUGUCUACUGGAUCUCAACUUGGGCUAUCGGUUUCGUGACACCAUACCUAGUAGACGCCACUGCAGCAGAUCUGGGUGUCAAGGUUUGCUAUAUCUGGUUUGGCAUGAUUAUAGUAUCCCUUGUUUGGGCUUUUCUGUUCGUCCCUGAGCUUUCAGGACUUUCUAUCACCGAAGUGGAUAAACUUUUCGAGGAGAGAGUCCCAGCAUGGCAAUCUCAUGAGUGGAAGAAAUCACUCGACGCGACAAUGUAUGGCGUGGAGGCAGGAGUUGAUGAUUGCGGACGGGAUGAAGGAACACCCAAAAACUUUAAACUGGUAGAAAGGAAACUCAGCAUAUAA